AUGGCUUUUAAAGAUGUCCGAUCUGAAGUCACUGACGCCCCUCAAGAUAAAAGGCAGAUAAGAACUGAAUUUACUCGGCCAGGAAGAGAAGUCACUGAUGCCCCUCAAGAUAAAAGGCAGAUAAGAACUGAAUUUACUCGGCCAGGAAGAGAAGUCACUGAUGCCCCUCAAGAUAAAAGGCAGAUAAGAACUGAAUUUACUCGGCCUGGAAGAGAAGUUACUGAUGCCCCUCAAGAUAAAAGGCAGAUAAGAACUGAAUUUACUCGGCCAGGAAGAGAAGUCACUGAUGCCCCUCGAGAUAAAAGGCAGAUAAGAACUGAAUUUACUCGGCCAGGAAGAGAAGUCACUGAUGCCCCUCAAGAUAAAAGGCAAAUAAGAACUGAAUUUACUCGGCCAGGAAGAGAAGUCACUGAUGCCCCUCAAGAUAAAAGGCAGAUAAGAACUGAAUUUACUAGACCAGGCAGAGAAGUCACUGAUGCCCCUCAAGAUAAAAGGCAGAUAAGAACUGAAUUUACUAGACCAGGAAGAGAAGUCACUGAUGCCCCUCAAGAUAAAAGGCAGAUAAGAACUGAAUUUACUCGUCCAGGCAGAGAAGUCACUGAUGCCCCUCAAGAUAAAAGGCAGAUAAGAACUGAAUUUACUAGACCAGGAAGAGAAGUCACUGAUGCCCCUCAAGAUAAAAGGCAGAUAAGAACUGAAUUUACUCGGCCAGGUAGAGAAGUCACUAAUGCCCCACAAGAUAAAAGGCAGAUAAGAACUGAAUUUACUCGGCCAGGAAGAGAAGUCACUAAUGCCCCUGAAGAUAAAAGGCAGAUAAGAACUGAAUUUACUCGGCCAGGAAGAGAAGUCACUGAUGCCCCUCAAGAUAAAAGGCAGAUAAGAACUGAAUUUACUCGGCCAGGAAGAGAAGUCACUGAUGCCCCUCAAGAUAAAAGGCAGAUAAGAACAGAAUUUACUCGGCCAGGAAGAGAAGUCACUGAUGCCCCUCAAGAUAAAAGGCAGAUAAGAACUGAAUUUACUCGUCCAGGCAGAGAAGUCACUGAUGCCCCUCAAGAUAAAAGGCAGAUAAGAACUGAAUUUACUAGACCAGGAAGAGAAGUCACUAAUGCCCCUGAAGAUAAAAGGCAGAUAAGAACUGAAUUUACUCGGCCAGGAAGAGAAGUCACUGAUGCCCCUCAAGAUAAAAGGCAGAUAAGAACUGAAUUUACUCGGCCAGGAAGAGAAGUCACUGAUGCCCCUCAAGAUAAAAGGCAGAUAAGAACUGAAUUUACUCGGCCAGGAAGAGAAGUCACUGAUGCCCCUCAAGAUAAAAGGCAGAUAAGAACUGAAUUUACUAGACCAGGCAGAGAAGUCACUGAUGCCCCUCAAGAUAAAAGGCAGAUAAGAACAGAAUUUACUCGGCCAGGAAGAGAAGUCACUGAUGCCCCUCAAGAUAAAAGGCAGAUAAGAACUGAAUUUACUAGGCCAGGAAGAGAAGUCACUUAUGCCCCUCAAGAUAAAAGGCAGAUAAGAACUGAAUUUACUAGACCUGGCAGAGAAGUCACUGAAGCCCCUCAAGAUAAAAGGCAGAUAAGAACCGAAUUUACUCGGCCAGGAAGAGAAGUCACUGAUGCCCCUCAAGAUAAAAGGCAGAUAAGAACUGAAUUUACUCGGCCAGGCAGAGAAGUCACUGAAGCACCCUAA